CCUGUAAUGGAGGAACGUUUCUGGGAAACUGCUGGAGGACUUCAGCACAGGGCACCUGGUGUCUCUGACCUCACCUAUCCGUGUGAAAGUCCAAAAUGAACCACACUUGGCCAUACAACCUGAGCUUUGGUGCACCUACAGAUCCUGUUGAGGCAAGGCCUGGACUGUCACGAAAUGGGCACACAAUAGUGGCUGUUUUUCUUGGAUUUAUUUUGUUUUUUGGUUUCUUGAACAACUUGAUUGUCCUCAUCCUCUUCUGCAAGUUUAAAACCCUCCGUAACCCAGUCAAUAUGCUCCUCCUGAACAUCAGUAUCAGUGACAUGUUAGUGUGCAUCUCAGGCACUACCCUCAGUUUUGCAUCUAACAUCCAUGGCAAAUGGAUUGGAGGGGAGCAUGGUUGUAGGUGGUAUGGCUUUGUCAAUUCCUGCUUUGGCAUCGUGUCCCUGAUUUCCCUGGCUGUCCUGUCCUACGAACGCUACAGCACUCUCACCCUGUGCAACAAGCGCAGCGCUGACUAUCGGAAGGCUUUGCUGGCAGUCGGCGGUUCCUGGAUUUAUUCCCUGAUCUGGACCGUGCCACCCCUGAUCGGCUGGAGCAGCUACGGGAUAGAAGGAGCGGGUACAAGCUGUUCAGUCCGCUGGUCCUCUGAGUCAGCCGAGUCCACGUCCUACAUCAUCUGUCUCUUCAUAUUCUGCUUGGUCAUCCCUGUGAUGGUCAUGAUGUACUGCUAUGGCCGUCUCCUUUACGCUGUUAAACAGGUUGGAAAAAUCCACAAGAAUUCUGCCCGCAAAAGAGAAUACCACGUACUGUUCAUGGUAAUCACCACAGUUAUUUGUUAUCUCGUGUGUUGGAUUCCCUAUGGAGUUAUAGCAUUACUUGCAACAUUUGGCAAGCCAGGUGUGGUGAGUCCAGUUGCAAGCAUCAUACCUUCCAUCCUAGCAAAAAGCAGCACUGUUUGCAAUCCAAUUAUCUACAUACUUAUGAAUAAGCAGUUCUACAAAUGCUUCCGUCAGCUUUUCCACUGCCAACCUCCUUCCUCCACUGAUGGAGAGCCCACCUGCCACUCCAAGGUAACCGUUAUCCAGCUGAAUCAGAGGACGGAUGGUGGAAACGUGUGCAAUAACGAACCACGUCCAAAAACAGACAGUAAAAUGACUUCUCUCCUGCACCCGGAGCCAAACCUGGAGCCAGUUUCAAAAGCUGUACCACCAACAUCUUAGGAAAAUUGGCUCUGACGGAAAGUGCAAGCCUUAACCUGAGCGUGUUUCAUUUCACUGCCACAUUACCCAGCUAACCUUAAAAUUAAUAAAGGAAGUUGCCACGUGUGGGAUAGAAAAACUGUCGAGAACAAAAACUGGGACUCUCUUACAAGUUCCUUAAUAACACAGCAUUGCAGGUAUGGUUCAAUAAUGACAAAAUUUUAAGCA